AUUCACCACCGAACUUUUUGCGAACGGGAUAAAGCCAGGAUGGAUCUUGUUGCAGGUGUUCGCAAAGAAGGCAGCCGCGGCGGCCGCGAUGAGUUUAAAUGGUCUGAUGUGAAGGACUCGGCGCAUCGCGAGAAUUACCUCGGUCAUUCUCUUAUGGCCCCCGUCGGUCGCUGGCAACAAGGUCGUGAUUUACAAUGGUAUGCCAAGGGCGAGACAACCGCGGAAGAGCAAGCCCGAAGGGAUCGUGAGGAGCUACAACGGGUCAAACAAGCGGAGGAGGAAGCCAUGGCACGAGCCUUGGGCCUACCCCUGCCAGCAUCGAGUGGGAAUGCCAAUGCAAACCUUACACCCCUAGGCGAAAGGGAGCCGGAGACUGCGGUCCAGGAUCCAGCUGAUAGGAAGAGAGAACGGAGAAGUGAGCGGAGUCGGAGUCCAGGAAGGCAUCGUAUACGGGAUCGCGAGAGCAACAGAGACAGAGACAGAGACAGAGACAGAGACAGAGACAGAGACAGAGACAGAGACAGAGACAGAGACAGAGAUCACAGACACCACAGGCAUCACGAAGAGCGCGAACGUCAUCAUCGAAGCCAUCGUCACCGAUCGAGAUCCCGGUCGCGUGAUCGCGAACGUCGGAGGAGGCGAACAAGUUCGCGGUCCACGAGCAGAGUAAGGGCCGGGGAAGAUGGUCACCGCAGACACAGGGAAGACCAUCGUCGAAGACAUCCGAGGAAUCAUGACUCCGAUCCUUAUCGACGCCGCUGAGUUUUCUGACUGCAUCAUAUUCACGACUUUUUGCACAUGGAGUUGGGCGCUUGGAGGCAAAUGUUAGUGUACAGGUGUUUUGAUUCCCUCUCUAGUAUAUCAAUAUAUUCAAUGAUCUUUGAUAAUUCUACAACUCGUC